CGUUGCGGAGCGCAGAUUCGCUGCUGCUGAGCGACGAGCGGAACCUCCAUCAACCUCUCUAUCUCUCUCUAACACAAACAGCUCUAGAUACUUUUACCGCAACGAGGUUUUGUUUUAAUUUACGGAUGGUGAACUUCUCUGUCGAGUUUUUAUCGAAUAGUAAUUGUUUUAGUUGUGAAAAAGGAUCUAAAGACCCGUGUUUCCUCGAAGCUAUCAUGCUGAACACAGAGGAAAGUUCCUGGUUAUCGGGGUCCCGGUUGCCCAGCUCCAUCCCUCAGUCUCCAGGGCCUCUGUGGUGUUCCGAUGCCCCUCACCCACAACUGAAGAUCCCGAGUGGGCGAGGGACGGUCAGGGAUCACUCUCUCGGCGUGCUACUACAUAAGGAUGAGAAGUUGACGGUGACGCAGGCCGCUCCAGCAAGUGGAAAUCCCUCUUUUCUCCGCUUCCACUACCAGCUGAAUGAGCGCCGCUCGGCCUUCUGGGAUACGGCUCUAUCAGGAGACAGCCUCUUCCUGGAGAUCCCUGCAGGGCCGCUGGUGGAGGGGAGCAAAGAGGGGCUAACUGCUCUGCUGGAGUUUGCGGAGGAGAAAAUCAAAGUUAACUAUGUGUUCCUGUGGUUCCAUAAAAACAGAGAGGAUCGAUCGUCCAUCAUCAAGACGUUCCACUACAUGGGCUUUGAGAUGGUGAAGCCGGGCCACCCCAUGGUACCGGCCCGGCCCGAUCUGGCCUUCAUGGUUUACUCUCUGGACAACAGCAGCUCAGACGAGGAGUGACUGCCACACCUCCCUCUCCCACCCUCACCCCCUUCCUUCCACCCCAUAAAAACACGCCUUCUUCCUGUUUUCUCCCUCAAGCAGUCGACCCCGCCUCGGCUCUCGCUCCGGCACAAACCCCCCCCACCAAAAUAAUCCUUCAUCACUGACUGGGAGGUGUCACCUUUUUUUAUAGACUUGUGAUUUAAGGGGAGUGUUAAGGAGUGGUGGGAUUCCCGUCUCCCUCCUUUCCCUUCCACGAGGAUAUCUGCAGAUUGGAUAAACAGGGAGCGGCGUAGCUUGAACUAAGCCAUCACGUGCAUCUUGGGAUUUCUUUUUUCCUGCUUGGCGGUUCCACUCUUGGCCACAUUAUUUGUUUGUGCUGCCAUCAACAAGACAAACAACAGUUUGACAUUCAGGAGAAGGUGGUGUUUUACAUUAAAAUUCAGCAUAUCUCUCCUGACCGCUUCGACCUUUUUAUAAGAAAAGAGACUUUGGUUUGUCUUUGUGUGCUCUAUAAUAUCAUGCAAACUGUGUUUGGUUGUGGUAAAAAGAGGGAAUUAUGGGUUUGGUAUGGUCAAUAAAAUGUAGUUUUGCUUCAUAAUAUAGAUGGGUGAAAGCCUGAUCUGUUACAUUUAACAUUACAUGUAAGCAUUUCUUUACACUUCCUGAUACAGUACUUCCUGUAUAUGUUAAGGCAUCAUUCCAGCACACGUCAAUCACUCUGAGUUUUGUUUUUUAGGUCAUCUGCCCAAAACACUCGAGCCACAAAUGUGGAAAUACCCUGUUAGUCAGUCCGGGCGUGUCGAAGCUGAGAAGCAGUCUGUAUGUUGAAUGUCGCAACAGGAUAGCUGCCAGCUCACUGUGGAAAACACUGCCUCUCCUCCUCCUUCUUCUUCUUCUUCACUGCGCAAUAAUCAACCUGUCAAGUUGACGUUUGAGUCACUGAGGAGCAGGAGAGGACGGCCUCACUGUUGGUUCGCUCUGCACGUCAGAAACAAACGCUUGAUUUUUUUGUUUUCAGAGAUCAUAAGCUGAAUAAAUGUUGGUGUAAGAUGGUCAGGUUUAAAGAGAAGCCCCACUUACUGUUAACUUAGCAUUAAAAUGUUCACAUAAUGUUUGAAUCUGGUGAAGCUGCAGCCCCAGUUUGUGCCUCUUCUGUAUUUUAACUACAUCUAGGUCGCAGAGCGAAGCCUCUAGAAGGUUGUUUAACAGCACUUAUUGUUGUUCUGAAUGUGUUUCCAGAAGACUCUUCUAACAAUCUGGCUGAAAAAACACUUAUUUUCAAGGUGCGGCUAACUUUCAUAUCCAGGUAGUGAAAGUGUGAAAUGACCGACACGUUCUCAUCCCAACUCGUCACAUACUGACGCUUUGUCAGACCCCACGGCCGUGACAAAGCAUCGAUAUUUGACGCCCUGGGAAUGAGAACGGGCUGAAAUGACAUCAAGUCAACACUUUAUUUUGUAUAACAAUAUAAAACAAUACAAUUUAAGAUCAUUGUAGGCACAAACUGCGGCUAUAGUGAAGCUUCGUUCAGCCCCAUAGGAUCACCAGUUGAAAGCUCGAUUGAAACGAGGCUUCUUUGUGCCUAAAGAGGAGAGUGCAAUGUUAAUAUUUUUUACUCUUGAGUCUUAGUGAGGAAUGUGUUUCCAUAUGUUUAAUCCCAUGCUGAUUCAGACACGUGCUAUGUGAGGAGAAUUGUAGAGGUACAACCGGAGCACUUCAGGAGAUUAUCAUAUAUGCAAUUUUUAGUUUUGUGGUUUUUAGUGUUCUCAACAAAACGCCAAAGAAUCCAUUCUGUCUGUAACACGCUGUCGAUUGAAACCUUUCAAUAAUUCAGCUGAUUUAAAGCUAUUAUGGUAUGUAAAGCAAUAUAAACCGACAUUCCCCAUGCCAGCCAUACUACCUGUAACACCUCAGAGAAACACGAUUAGUCUGUUCCAUCGUGGUGUUGGGACGGGGCGGGGGCCUUUCUUCUUCUUCUGCAUGUGUUCAGAUCAUACGAGUCUUCAUUGCUACUGAUUGAGCCCUGACUACGAGCUGUUAGGAAAAUGUCAAUAUAUGAAUUUUCUCAGAGGUAUAUUUUUAUGUAUGUAUAUUUCUCAAAUGUUUAUCGUGAUAGUUUAGGGAUUUUUUUUUUUUUUGUUCUCAGUGACCUAGUUAGCAACCGUUCGGUGACAAUCCACACUUGUAUACUCUGGAAUUUUUGUCUUGGGGGGAAAAACAAUAAAAGUUGUUAUCUUAA